GUUUGAACGGACACCAUUCGACACCUGGCGGUAUUGCUUGUGAGUGAUACCCAGUGACUGUACCUUGGCACGGCUGCCCAGUGCCGAGCCCCCGGGCCCGACUCUAGGGCCGCUGCCAAUUUCCUCCAUGCAUCGCUAGACAAUCCAACAGUGGGCUCACCUCAUCAUCGAGUAACUAACACCCGCCAAACCGACAUAACUGCGACUCUUCAUGCGCGGUCCCCAGUCCCGCCGUACAUCAACAUGAUAUCCAUCUUCACUUACUAAUUUCUCACCUUACUUUACUUACUUACCUUUCGCCUCGGACCCCCGCACCGCCCGACCUAUCCGACCCCUACUGCGACGUAGUUCUCCGUCACUCCUUGAAUUUCUCUCGACUCCGUUUUCUCCUACCUUUCACAUCCUCACGUCGCGCGGCCGAUCUUACCUUCUUCUCUCGACACCAUGUCGAGCCCGUUACAUACCAUGCAGCAAGCGGCGCUGUCACGGAAUUUCACCUCGUUCCCAGAAGCAACACCAAUACUACUCCCUUAUCCUCCGUCCGACCUCCUCGCGGGGGCAAACGACACAACGCCACUACGAUGGUUCGUGGUGGAAAUCCUCAACGGCGAGGACACGGAGGACAAUCUGAAGCGGUGGUCGUCGUUCAUAGGCAUCAUUAUCGCCAUCGCGGGAAACGUCCUCAUUUCGCUAGCGUUGAAUGUGCAGAAGUACGCGCACACACGGCUGGAGCGAGAAGCGGAGGGGAGGCGAGUGCGGAGGCUGAAGUCACGGAUAGCUGGGCGCCGAGAUCCCGAAUCGCCGGAUGUCGAGGGCGCAGAGGGCGCGGGGGAGAAUGCGCCGCUGCUGGGUAGGGGGGAAAGUAAUGGGACGCUACGAAGUGCGAAGGACGAGGUGGAUUUGGACUCGGAAGCCCCAGUCAGCUAUGUCUCGUCGCCGUAUUGGAUCUUGGGUUUGGUUAUGAUGUUUUUUGGCGAGUGUGGAAAUUUCCUUGCGUAUGCGUUCUGCGCGGCGAGUAUUGUCUCGCCGCUAGGCGUGGUGGCAUUGAUCUCGAACUGUAUCAUCGCGCCGGUGCUGCUUAAAGAGCCGUUCCGCGCGAGGGAUGUCAUGGGGGUUAUUGUCAGUGUCGCCGGCGCAGUGGUAAUCGUCUGGAGUGCCGAGAAGGAGGAGACGAAGCUCGGGCCUGACGAGAUUCUGGAUGCGAUAUCGCAGACCGCCUUCGAGGUCUACUUUGCCGUCACGUGUGUCAUGAUCGUGGUGCUGAUGCGGCUGUCGUCGAAGUAUGGCCAUAAGACGGUUAUGAUCGACCUGGGAUUGGUGGCGCUGUUCGGUGGAUACACGGUCCUGUCGACGAAAGGCAUCUCGUCGCUGAUCUCGUCGUCGUUCUACCACAUCUUCCAGUAUCCCAUCGCCUACCUCUUCACCUUCGUCCUGGCAUCCACCGCUGUCCUGCAGGUCAAAUACAUCAACCGUGCGCUCCGACGCUUCGACUCCACCGAAGUAAUUCCCACGCAAUUCGUACUCUUCACGAUCUCGGUCAUUGUCGGCUCCGCCAUUCUCUACCGAGACUUUGAGACCGUCAGUAAUAGGAAGAUGAUCCUCUUCGGCAUCGGUUGCUGGCUCACAUUCACGGGAGUCUAUCUCAUCUCAUCCCGUCGCAAGCGCGGCUCUUCCAGUUCCUCAAGCUUUAUCGACUCCGCAGAAGACGAAGACGGCGACGUUGCAAUGCCAAUCCCCAUCCUCCCCGCCUCUAGCUCCCGUCCCGGCACCUCAAUCCCCCCUUCCCCAUCCCACAGCACCCGCCCGUCCUUUUACCGCACCAUCUCUGCAGUCUCCUCCAACGCCGUCUCUACCCCCGGUCUUUCCACCUCACCGCCGGAAGCUGUAGCUCACGGUCUCCAAACCGCCGCCUCAGACCCGCUCUUCCCCGGCGCCCACCGCCGGCGCCCUUCCGAGAGCGAACAGCUGCAGCGUGCCUUCGGCCUCAUGCCCGGUAGCAACCUCAUGACCGGGUACCAACUGCAAACCGUCAUCGCCGAACGCACCCUCGCAAGGCAGCGUAGCUACGAGACGACGGAGGGCUCGCCAAGAGCACGCAGGAGUAGUCUUUCUGUCAUGUUGGAUUUUGUCAAGGGGAAGCGGAAAGCUGAUGCCGAUGUUGCGGAGGUGCAGGCGGAGGAUGAUAAUGGUGGCGAGGGGAGGGCGUAACUUCACUCUAGACUUGUGAUACUUUUUUUGAUUAUUUCCUUCCGUAACAUAUACCGUUCCUUCUUGCAUGUAUUUGAUUUGUAGUCCCGGUUUCGUUUAUUGGCUGGAUUUUUGUGCUGUUUGGACUGCUUUAUACCAUCCGUCCGUUCAUUUCGUCUUAUACUUUGUUUUAUUUGGUGGUAUUCACUGCCGCGGAGUUUUCUUUGUAAGAUAGGAGGAAGGAGAGAGGGGGGAUUGAACUUAUUACUGGCGGAUUGGAUGAGAAGCGCUUAUGUAAGUAAUUAUGUAAAAUCUUUGAA